AUGAUUUUGAGUGUGAGAAAUGGCGGGAGAGUCCGACGGUUUUGUACAGCUUCGGUUUCGUUGGUUGAGAAACCAGUCGAGAAGUUUGUGCAAGAAGGCCUUAUCUCGAAUCAAUCUUCUCAACUUCGAGACCUUAUCAAUUCCGGGAAUUUGCGAGUUGCUCGCCAAGUGUUUGAUAAAAUGCCGCAAAGAGAUAUUGUUUCUUGGACAGCCAUCAUUAAAGGAUACGUAACUGCAAUGAACUCUGAAGAAGCACUGAGUUUGUUCUCCGCAAUGCGUGUUGUUGAUCCUGGUGUCUCAGUCGAUACCUCUGUUCUAAGUGUUACGUUCAAGGCUUGUGGUCAGAGUUCCAACAUUGCAUAUGGAAAAUCUCUACAUGCGUAUGCGGAGAAAAGUUCGCUGCUGAGCUCUGUCUUCGUGGGAAGUGCUUUAUUGGAUAUGUACAAGAGAAAUGGAAAGAUCGAUGAGAGUUGUAGAGUUUUUAGUGAAAUGCCUUUUAGAAAUACUGUAACAUGGACAACAAUCAUAACGGGGUUGGUUCAUGCUAAUCGUCACAAGGAAGGGCUGAUGUACUUUUCCAAGAUGUCCAGAUUGAAUGGACUGUCUGAUGAUUUUGCAUUUCCUAUUGCCUUGAAGGCUUGUGCCGGUUUGCGUCAAGUUAAAUACGGAAAGGAGAUUCAUACUCAUGUGGUAGUGAGAGGCUUUGGUGCCAUUCUCUGGGUGGCUAACUCGCUCUUUACAAUGUACACCGAAUGUGGGGAAAUGCAAGAGGGGCUGCGUUUGUUUGAAAGUAUGAGUGAGAGGGAUGUGGGUUCGUGGACAAGUCUUAUCACAGCUUAUAGUCGAAUAGGUCAAGAGGAAAACGCGGUAAAAACAUUCUUACGGAUGAGAAGAAAUACUGAAGUACUUCCUAAUGAACAAACUUUUGCAUCGAUGUUUUCUGCGUGCGCGAGUCUUUCUAGACUUGUGUGGGGCGAGCAGUUCCACGGUAAUGUAUUCUCUCUAGGACUAGGAGAUUCUUUAUCCGUGAGUAACUCGAUGAUGAAGAUGUAUUCAUCAUGUGGAAAGUUAGACUCUGCUUCUGUUUUGUUUCGAGGAAUGAGAUGCAGAGACAUUAUUUCAUGGACCACUCUUAUCGGAGGGUACUCUCAAGCCGGUCUUGGAGAAGAAAGUUUUGAGUAUUUCUCAUGGAUGAGACGAGCAGGGGAAAAACCUAUAGAUUUUGCUCUUCCUAGUUUGCUGAGUGUUUCAGGAAGCAUGGCAGUUCUUGAGCAAGGCAGGCAAGUUCAUGCACUUGCACUUUAUCUUGGUUUAGACCAGAACCCCACGAUCCGUAGUUCUCUGAUUAAUAUGUACUCGAAAUGUGGAAGUAUCAUAGAGGCCUCAAAGGUAUUUGAAGAAACAGAUAGAGCUGAUAUUGUUUCUCUGACAGCUAUGAUCAAUGGAUAUGCUGAACAUGGAAAGUGCAAAGAAGCUAUUGAUCUGUUUGAGAAGAGUCUAAAGGUUGGUUUAAGACCCGAUUCUGUAACUUUCAUCAGCAUUCUCAAUGCCUGCUCUCAUUCGGGACAGCUUGGCCUCGGUUUUCACUAUUUCAACUUGAUGCAAGAGAUGUAUAAAAUGAGACCUGCCAAGGAACACUACGGUUGCAUGGUUGAUCUUCUAUGUAGAGCAGGACGGCUAAGUGAUGCAGAGAAGAUGAUCAACGAAAUGCCAUGGAAGAAGGAUGAUGUAGUCUGGACCACACUUCUCAAAGCGUGCAAGGACAAAGGGGACAUUGAACGUGGAAGCAGGGCGGCCGAGAGGAUUCUAGAGCUGGAUCCUACUUCUGAUACUGCACUUGUAACACUUGCCAAUACAUAUUCAAGCAUGGGGAAAUGGAAAGAGGCUGCAAUUGUAAGGAAGAAUAUGAAUUCGAAAGGCGUGAUCAAAGAACCCGGAUGGUCAUCAAUCUUGAUCAAGGAUGGGGUUUCAGCGUUUGUAUCUGGCGAUCGUCGCCAUCCACAAAGUGAAGAUAUAUACAGUAUCUUGGAAUUAUUAGUAUCUGUUCCAGAAGCUCGUACAAUUCGAUUGUGGAAUAAAGAGAGCUUUUGGGUUUAUUCAAAUUUGUGA